ACCCAAAUGUACAUCGAGGAACAUUUGGCAGCAAAAAACAAAACAAAAAAACAGAGGAAUAUUUGGCGAAUAGGAAAAUUAAGUGUUUUGGAUUCCUGUGGGGGUGGCCUGCAGCCAAUCCGAGAGAGAGAUGGAGAGAUCAGCAGUGGAGUCAGGAGUGUAGUCUGAAAGUCUGUAAAGUAUCUUUGUUACUGAGAUACAGCUAUGUCCAGUCAUGUUACACUUGAACCAAUUUUGACCAUUCUGAGAAGCUUUACCAUUUAUAGUAACUGUUUUCCCUUCGCGCAUCUCACCACCUUUUUUCAUGCAAACUAGCACUGUCGUACUCAUGCCUGCAAUUCUGGGAUGCAAAGGCGACAACUUCAGGUUCAUGCAGCCUUCAUACUGACAUAAAGGAUUCCUUGUUUUGGCAGGGGAGGUGAUUGCACAACAAAACAGGGGAGGUGAAAUGGUGAUGGAAGAGGAAGAGAUUUUGGGGCUAUUUGAAGUCAUGAGUGCUCUUCUAGAGGACCCUGGCUGGGCUGAACUGCACCCACAGCCCUGUACAGACACUCCAUGGCCUGGUAUUCAAUGUGAGAUUGGUGAUCAAGAUCCUCCAAUCUUUCAUGUAACAAAGAUCCAUAUUGGCCCUGAUGUUGUCACCCCACCCUGCAAAUCCUCCGCUAAUCUAUCAGAUUCCCUGUUCAAGCUACCUUUUCUGAAGACCUUGUCUAUAUUCAACUGUUUUCUAACAUCUCCUGUCACUCUUUCUCCGACGCUUUUUAGUGCAACCACUUCCUUGGAGCAUUUAGCUCUUGUAUCCAAUCCAGCCCUCUCCGGAGGAAUUCCACCAAGCAUAUCAGAAAUUGUCAGCCUAAGGGUCCUGAAUCUGGCACAAAACAACCUGCAGGGAGAAAUCCCGAAGGAGAUUGGUGGGUUGGUCAACUUAGAGCAACUUGAUUUGAGUUACAACAAUUUAAGUGGCGAAAUCCCAGAGGAAAUUGGUGGGUUAAAUGGUUUGACCAUCUUGGACUUAAGCUGGAAUGUCAUUGAAGGGGAUCUACCUAGUUCUCUGGCUCAGCUUCCCAUUCUCCAAAAGAUUGACUUGAGUUCAAACAGGUUUGUUGGAAGGAUACCUCCAGAAUUGGGGAUGCUCAAUAGGUUGGCCUUGUUUGAUUUAAGCAGCAAUUUUGUUAAUGGGCCAAUCCCUGAAACCCUCUCAGGUUUGGAGAAUUUGGAGUACCUAGUAGUUGAUCACAACCCUAUAAAUGCAGGUAUGCCCUUGUUUAUAGGCACCCUUAGGAAGCUAAAAUCAUUGAGCUUGUCAGGAUGUGGGCUUACAGGCAAAAUACCAAACACUAUCACUACCAUGGAAAGUCUCACUGCUCUUGCUCUAGACAACAACAGCCUCACUGGGACAAUCCCUCCAGAUUUAGGGGCUCUUCCAAAUCUUGAUCAGCUAAACUUAAGCCACAAUCAAUUAAGUGGGCAGCUACAGCUCCCAGAGGAGUUCAUUGACAGGCUUGGGAAGAGGUUGGAUGUUAGAGGUAACGCUGGGCUCUGCACAAGCAACCAAAUAUACAAGAAGAAGAACAUUUCUACAUAUCUAGAAACUCCUGUUUGUUUCAAUACAACAGGACCCAUGAAUGGCAAAGCCUUGGGUGAUGAUCAACACCCAGAUGAUGAUUAUGAGAGAAAGAAGCCAUCCUGGCACCAUGACAAGAUGAGUUCAAAUGCUCCAGGGAUGGAUCAAAAGCUUAUAUUUUCACUCACUUUGGCUUUCAGUUUUUGUUGUUUGUUUUCUGAUUUUCUUAUUGUAAGAGUACUGUAACUCUUAAUUCUAUUCUAUAUUGACAUAUUGGAGUCAUUUGACUCAUUUACUGGUUUUUGCUUCAGAUUAAACUCAUGGGUCCUUUUCUUUUCUUUUUAUUUAUUCAUGGAUAAGGUACUGUGUUCUAAUGCAGUGUACU